AUGGAGAGUCAUUUCAAGAUGGAUGUUCAUGUCGAAUUCAAUGAAAUAGAAGUGAAAAGAGCUGAAGAAAGAAGAAUGGAACGAGAAAGACAUCUAGCUGAAGAAGCCACCCAAAAGAACAAAGGUGUGAUUGACGAUACUCAAGAAGCUGGUGGAUCAUCAAGUCAACCUGAGAUUGGUGGUUCAUCAAAUCAAGAAGAUAUUGAAAUGGUUGAAGCUGUAGAUGUUCAAGAACAAGAAAAUAUUCAAGAACAAAUUGAUCAAGACUUCAUGAUGGUUGGUGAUGCUGAAAAUGUUCAGGAACAUGUUGAUCAAGACUUCAUGAUGGUUGGAGAGUCUUCUGAGCCUUUGGAUGCUGAAAAUGUUCUUAGAAAGGUGUUUGUUUUUCAAAGAAAGAGAAAGGCUAGAGAAAUGCUUUUACUAGAGUGGAAGACAGAUCAGUUUGUGCUUGUUGGUAAUGCCUAUCCUGUGCCUUACAAUGUUCACGAAGUUGCUCGUGAAAUGAAAGUCAAAGAAAGGCGAAGAAAGGCAAAGAAAGCUCGUGGAGAAAUCGUUGAUGAUGACUCUGAUGUAGAGCUAUUUGGCGAUGAUGACGAAGAAAAUGAAGAUGAUAAUGAUGAAAAUGAUGACAAGCCUGAUGAUCAUAAUGAUAAAGAUAAUAAGGGAGAUGAUGAUGAUGAUCAGGGUGCUUCUGGGUUAUUGAUCAAAGAUCCAAUUGUUCAAGAAAGAAUUAAUGAGCUGAUGAAUGAUGAAAUCAAUGAACAAGAGGAUGACGUACAAAAUGAAGCUUCAUCAUUAGGAAAGCAACAUGCUGAUCAGGUAUUCCUCUCAAACCCAACUAUUAUUUACUUGAAUGUUCCAUAA